GAUUUGACGGGAUUUGCACUGUUACUUCCUUGUCCCUUCACCAGUCUUAACAACAAAUCAUUUUCUCAGUCCCGCCGUAAACAAACUAAUAAACAUCGGUGUGGGUGGAACAUUAUCUUGGCUGAGGUGAUAAUGAAAGUUAUCGGCUGUGACUGCGACGUCGACGUCGGGUAACACACAGCAGCAGCAGUAACACUUUCGCUUUCAUUUACGGGGAAGAAAACUCAAGUGAAGCACAGAAGGAAGGAGACUGUCAUCAUGUCAAAAGACGAACAGACAGAGCCCAUGGACUUUUGUGAAGAAGGCAUGAGUAAAACUCCGCCCCCUACAGCAUCAUCUGAGGAGCCUGCUGAGGAAGAAGAUGUUAAGCUCUCUAUCAUCUGGUCAGAGAGUAAUCAAACACCAAAAUAUAAAAUGGAUUUGCAGAAACUCCUCCAAACUUGGCUCAGUACGAAUCAUUGUGGAGACUGCCACGUUAAAUCCGCCUCGGAACAUGAUGCUUCCAUACGUGUACUUGCCUCAGCCCUGAAAAAGCUUGACGGAUUGAGGGGACAGACACUGACCAGCAGAGACGGGAAAAUAACAGUCAAAAUACUGUCAAUUUGUCAUAAACAAACACAUGAAGCUCCAAUGAACCUCCCUUCUGCAUCAGACCAGCUAGAUAAAAAAGUGCAUCUAGGAGGAGGAGCUACAUCCAGCUGGUCAGCAGCAGAUUCUGAGGCUAGAGAGGAGACAUGCAAUGUCCCAGUUCCCCAUUUCUGGUAUGUGAACCACAUCUUCAAGGAGGAAAUUAAUCGUAUAGAGAUAAAGAAUAGAGUUACAUUUGGAGCACAUGUGACGGUAAAAUUCGAACCAAACCAGGAAAAUGGAGACCCAGCAAAUGCUCUGGCCGAGUUCACACACCUGGCCCAGAAAUGCUUAUCUGAAUCUCAAGGCUUUGUGAUUCCUUUCAAAGUCAUGACUCCAGAAGAAUUGAGCAAGAUGCUCGGAGUCAUCCAAGAAAGCCAGAACAAGCUUCUUCUCACUGUGUCCUCUGAAGAAAUAAUGGUAUGUGGGCCAAGCCAAAGCCAAGAUGCCUUACGGUCCUUAAAUACAACACGGAACACUUCAGCAAAUACUAAAACAACAUGGGCUUCCAACAACACAUCAAUGACCAUUAGCAUGGCCAUCAAAGAUCCUCUCGUCGAAGGACUAACCCUCGACGAGAGUCACUGGAAACCUAUGAAGAACUACUUCAAAGAGAAAAUAGCAGAGAUUAAGGCUCGGUUUGAUGUGCACUUCAUAGAAUCAGUUAGCACUCGAGGAAAAGUGAAUGUCAAAGCUUGCUCCAAUAGAUCUGCUGGAAACAUUGCAUUGGAAAGCCACGCAACCAGAGCCCUUCUUCGUCUGUACCAGACAAACAUAACAUCACCCUCAAGGUCCAACUUCACCCAACACUCCAUGAUGGGGUCCAACAGCUCAGUGAAGAACAGGAAUUACCAGUCAGAGGGGGCCUCUGGUGGAGCCACUGGAGGGGCUACAGCGGAAGACGAGAAAGACACAACGUGCCCUAUAUGUUUGGAUACAUUCAAGAAUAAGACACAGCUCAAGUGUAAACAUGAAUUUUGUAAGAAAUGCCUGGAACUAGCAAAGGCUAACACUGGACCCACGUGUCCUGUGUGCAAAGAUUUCUUUGGUAUGAUGGAGGGAAACCAGCCAGAUGGAACAAUGUCAUGGAGGAGAGAAUCCUUUCCCCUCCCUGGUUACCCACGCUGUGGCACUAUAGUCAUCGACUAUGAUAUUCCUAGUGGGAAACAGACGGAAAAACAUCCUAAGCCUGGAAAACACUUCAGUGGUAUUAAUAGAUGUGCUUAUCUGCCAGACAACAAAGAGGGUAAUGAAGUGCUGAAGCUGUUGAAGAAAGCAUUUGACCAGAGGCUCAUUUUCACUGUUGGGAUGUCCAGAACAACUGGAAUGGACAACCAGGUGACCUGGAACGACAUUCACCACAAAACCUCCACUGGAGGAGGACCAGAAAGUUUUGGGUAUCCUGACCCUGAUUACCUGAGCAGAGUGAGAGAGGAGCUGAAGGCUAAAGGCGUCAUCAGCUGGAAACAUUUCAUUGGAACAUCACCCUCAAGGUCAAGCUUUGCCCAACACUCCAUGAUGGGGUCCAGCAGCUCAGUGAAGAACAGGAAUUACCAGUCAGAGGAGGCCUCUGAAGGAGCCACUGGAGGGGCUACAGCGGAAGGCGAGAAAGACACAACGUGCCCUAUAUGUUUGGAUACAUUCAAGAAUAAGACACAGCUCAAGUGUAAACAUGAAUUUUGUAAGGCAUGCCUGGAACGAGCAAAGGCUAACAGAUGACCCACGUGUCCUGUGUGCAAAGAUGUCUUUGGUAUGAUGGAGGGAAACCAGCCAAAUGGAAUAAUGUCAUGGAGUCGAACAUCCUCUUUCCUCCCUGGUUACCCACGCUGUGGCACUGUCGUCAUCGACUAUGAUAUUCCAAGUGGGAAACAGACGGAAAAACAUCCCAAACCUGGGAUUUACUUCACUGGUAGUAAGAGAAGUGCAUAUUUGCCAAACAACAAAGAGGGUAAAGAAGUGCUGAAGCUGUUGAAGAAAGCAUUUGACCAGAAGCUCAUUUUCACCGUCGGGACGUCCAGAACAACUGGCGAGGAAGACCAGGUGACCUGGAACGACAUUCACCACAAAACCGCCAUUGAAGGAGGACCAGAACGUUUUGGGUAUCCUGACCCUGAUUACCUGAGCAGAGUGAGAGAGGAGCUGAAGGCUAAAGGCAUCGUGUGAACCUUGAUACAGGAUGUCUCAUCAAGCCCGGGAUAACAAUCCUCAUCCCUAACUGGCUCCCCUUCUACUGGAACCCUCUCCCUGAUCCUGCUGUUUGUUUAUCAUUUGUUAAAAGUGCUAUACAAAUAAAAUAAUGAAGAUACAAGGAGAGUAUUGUAGUGUG